AUGACGAGCCUGAUGCCCGCAUCGGCUAUAUCCAAACAGAAUAGCUACAUAGACUCGUCAGCAGACGAGUCCCACCUGUCGAACUCGCAUCCCCCAGAUGCAGAGAAUAGCCUGGGCUCCCAUGGCCAUUUGGAAUCGCUGGACCACUCAGACUUGCCAGAGUUGAAUUUUGAGAGUAUGGAGCUGCAGUGGUCGGAGUUCACCAACCUCCACGAGAUCCAGCACCUGGACAACAUGAUACAUCACCAGCAUGCCGAUCGAACCAAUCCGGCGGACCAUUCGCACCAUCAGGACGAGGACUACUCGUCUUUUGCGUCCGACAACACUGCCCGCGAACAACUCACAGACCCUAAUUACCACCAACCUCCGCAGAUGUUCGAGCGCGACUACCCCGUGGAGCAGCGCACCGAAGCCGCCCCAGCACCGGCAGUCCGCCCGAACGACGUGUUCACGCCGCUUGUUUCGCCCGCCGUGACGCCGCUGGAGCACGCCAUGAACCCGCCGCACGGCACCGGCUACCAGCAGGGAGCUCGGGACGAAAAUGUGCACAAAAAAAUCGGCUUCAGCCCGCUUACGUCGCCUGCUCUGGAGUUCCAGAGCUCGCGUUUUCCCAGCCAGAUCAACAGCGCGGCCAGCCUGAGACAAAAAAGACGGGAUGAAAAAACGUCCAACAUGUCGCCGCCAGUCUCCAGCGACGACGGCGCAAGAAGAGCCUCCUACAAGCGCUCGAAAACCCCCAACGGGACGCCGCUUUUUGGGCCGGCCAACCCAAACGGGUUUCAGCAGCAGCAGCAGCCGGGCUCGUCUGCACGUAUGAAGCAAUCGCCGUCUGUGAAGCCGUCGUCUCCCGUUGUCUCUGGCACCCGUCGGCCCUACAGAUCCAGAAACAAGUCGUACAGCGGGCAGUCUCAGAACUAUUUCGAUAUGCUACCCGAGUCUGCCACUUCCAACGAUCUCAUGCUUCCGCCUUCUAAUCCGCCCGCAAAGGAGGAAGAUUUCAGCGCGAUGGAGCUGCAGUCCAGGUCGUACUCACAAGAAUCCGAGCCCGGUAACAAAUCCGCCGAGAUGGACACGGGCAACCCGUCUGCGGCCACGCCGGCCGCCAUGAUGUCGUUUGCCCUGUCGAAACUAUCUGCCAAGAACUCGCCGCGAAUGGUAGCAAAAGAUAACGUUCUGAUAAACCCUAACCACAACGCCAAGUCCGCCCAGUCGUCGCCAGUGAUACUGCCUUCGUCCAACUCGUUUUUGCUACAGGACAACCAGCAGCUGCCAGCAGCCGUUAUACCUCCCCUGCACAUUAACGGAGCCUCUAAAUCGUCCUCCAGAUCGUCGUCUCUCAAGACGUCACCGGUAAUCCAGAACAACGACGACGUGCAGCCUAGCCAGAGCCCCGAAGGCAUGUACUACACGAAGGCCCGCAGCAACUCGGGCGGAUCGACGAAAUCUUCCCAGACAGAUCGAAAAAUGACCCACAAACUCGCAGAGCAAGGCAGACGGAACAGGAUGAACGUGGCCAUCCAGGACCUCGAGAAAAUCAUCCCAGACACGCUCAAGAACGAGGUUGCAGUGCCGUCCAAGGCUACCACCGUGGAGCUGUCGUCCAAGUACAUCCAGAUGCUCCAGAAAGAGAACAAGGGUCUGCAGCAGCAGUUGGCGGCGUUGAAACAGGAGCUCGAGAUACUGAAGGGCGGGCCCCAGAGCCAGGAGAGUAUCAGUCCAUUCCGUGUUGACGGAAACGAGGGCCACGAGUAA